AUGAGAACGUCACCAAACAUCAUUGUCACUGGUACGCCAGGCGUGGGCAAGACGACGCACUGCGAAGAGCUCGCCAGGCGUACAGGCCUCAAGCACCUCUCGGUUAACCAAGUUGUCAAAGAUCGGGAGUGCCAUGAGGGCUGGGAUGACGAGUUUCAGAGUUGGAUUGUUGACGAGGACAAGUUGCUCGAUGCCAUCGAGGGAGACGUUCAGGAUGGGGGCUACAUUAUUGACUGGCACGCCUGCGACUUGUUCCCCAAAAGUUGGAUUGACCUCGUUGUUGUGCUGCGUGUGGAUUCGACCACACUCUAUGAUCGUCUAGCAGCAAGGAAAUAUCCCGAGACCAAACUCCAGGAAAAUCUAGACUCGGAAAUCAUGGAGGUAUUGCUGCAAGAAGCCAGGGAGGCCUUCGAUGAGGAGAUAGUUGUGGAGCUUACAAGCAACACAUCCGAUGAAAUGGAGACCAACAUUUCGAGGGUUGAGGCAUGGCUUGAGCAAUGGAAGAAGGAUCACUCGUCAUGA